AUGGGGUUGCAAUUCCCCGCCGAUCCUCCAGUCCUUCCGCAAGCUCUCACAUCAGGUUCCAUGAGCUCAGUCAGACGCUUGGCUCCAAGCAUCCGCAUCUUCAUUGGUCAGUUACUUACUCAUCACACCUCCCAGGGAACCACCACACCAGGUCCCUGUGAACAUGCAUCUCUUGAACACUGCAACAUUGACGAACCCGUCAGCAGACAUGAUGGGUCCCCAGCCGUGAUAGAGGCUGAUAUAAAUCCGAAGGCCUAUCCUCGUGCAGGUGCCCACCUCACCAAGUCGCUGCUGGACCUUGUUCAGCAGUCGUGUAACUACAAGCAGCUUCAGAAAGGAGUCAGUGAAGCCACCAAAACCCUCAACAAUGGCAUCUCUGAAUUCACUGUUACAGCAGCAGAUUCUGAACCCUUGGAGAUCAUCGUGCACCUCCCUCUGCUGUGUGAAGACAAGAAUGUCCCCUACAUAUUUGUGCACUCCAAGCAAGCAUUAGGACAGGCCUGUGGAGUCUCUAGGCCAGUCUUUGCCUGUUCUGUUAGCAUCAAAGAAGGCUCUCAAGUACAGCAGCAGAUCCAGUCCUGUCAACGGUCUACUAAAAGGCUCUUGGUGUAG